AUGGCUUCGUAUCAUCGAGUGCUGGAGACCUUUGGCAGAUCCGUUCAUGACAAUACUCUGGAAUGCGACACUGACGUUCACCCAUGGGAAAUCUCCAUAGAUGGAGAGCAAUGGGCUGGCAAGAUCCGACUGAUCGGGUUUGUGGACGUAUUCUUUCUAUUCUCAUACUCAGCCAAUGCGCGGUUUGAGCAUGGAAUCAUUGUCUACAAGGAUAAAUUGGAUAUCGAGGAACUGGAAAAGCAUAUGCCCAAGAAGACGGGCAGGCCUGAGCACAGAUCCAACCCCCAGCCGAGCUCCGGCAAACAGGGCGAUACAGAACCAAGUCUGGAAGAUAUGUACCAUGACCCGGAUCAGCCAAACGAAGAAGCAAAUACCACCAACGGACAAGGUAGCCAACCAGAGGGGCCGACUAAAGACACUGGCAAAACAGAUGACCCCGCGGUGGCUGAAUUCCGCAAAACCAGCGUCUUUUCAACGCGAAGUCUGGGCCACCCGGUUGGACUGCGGGUUUCGUAUCCCAAAUCCUCGAUUCGCUUCUACAAGGUGGAGAUCACCAAGCCUUGCAGUUGGGCACAGAGUAAGCGCAUUAUGCGAGGAUUGAAGCCCCACAGUAUCUAUGACCUGAUGAGCGAUGUUAUACGCUGCGGCAUUAUCACACAGGGGCAGCUGGUGGGCCAUGUCUUGGGGAUUCUCCUCGCAGGUACCCGUCUAGAUGAUAUGACGAAGAAGUAUGUCGACGGCUUGACUUCUGGUAAUGAUGCUGGGCGGCAGGCAUUGUCGAACGAGAAGAUCUAG